AACUGUAGUGUUUAGUCUGCUGUUAAGACUCUUUGAGCUGUUAAAAAAAAAAGACUCCGAGAGCCUUACAGACACAUCUCGGUGUCAAAUGUCAAAGUAAAAAAAAUUUGGACCUGGUCAGCAGGCCUCCGUUGUUUGUGGCACCUCCAUUGGCUGAGACACACCCACAGCUUUUGAGGCCGCCUGUUUCCUGGAGGGCAAAUAGCUGCUCUGAGGAGGAUAUGACAUCACAUCACAGCGCUGAGCGAGCUGCCACAAACACACAAAGAGAGAACAAAAUGAAGACCAGAUGUAUUUCAGGCAUGUUAUCACUUUGACACUGCGGAAUCCAGGAGAGACGCCAAACGAGCAGAAAAACAAGUUGAGCGAAAUAUGUCAGGAGGACGUGAAGAAACACGGAGGGGCAGACAAAGUGGAGCGGCAGUUUUCUUCUCCAAUCCUCUGAUGAGUGACGUUGAAGCAGACUGGUCUCCAAUCCAUGAUGCUGCAUUUAAUGGACGCGUCCUUAACCUGCAGAGGCUCAUUGCUCAGGGUGCAUGUGUGAACCUGAGCACGCUGGACCGGGUCUCCGCCCUCCACGGAGCGUGCAUGCAGGGCCAUGCAGCCUGCGCUAAGCUUCUGCUGCAAAAUGGUGCUGAUGUCAACAAUGUGACGUUAAACGGACAGACGGCGCUGUCAGAAGCAUGCACCCGAGGUCAUGUGACUUGCGUAUCGCUGCUCCUUCAACAUGGAGCGAGCACAUUGGGGAGCAACCCAGCCAGCUCCCCACUGCACAUGGCUGCAGCCAAAGGUUACCCGGAAUGUAUCGAGUCCCUUGCAGAGCACGGCGCUGACCUGGAUCAUACCAUCGACCAAUCAGGCGCUCCUCUCCAUGUAGCGUGCUCCAAUCAGCAGCUGACUACUAUUAAGAAACUGCUUCAACUUGGUGCUAGUGCAAACAGUCAUGACUUAGGUGACUCACCCCUACAUAUCGCGGCUCGUCUGUCCAGUCCAGAGAUGGUGUCGGUCCUGCUCAACCACGGGGCAGACGCCUCCCAACGGAACCUGGAGGGCAAACAGCCUCUGGACCUGGCGCCCCCAAACAGUGUGGUAGAGAGGCUGCUCAGACAAAGUGGAGGGGUUCCCCCGCUGAUGCAGCUGUGCCGCCUGCACAUCAGGAGGACUUUAGGCAAGCAGAGGCUGGUUAGGAUUUAUGACCUUCACCUCCCCAUAGAACUCAAAGACUAUCUUCUCCACCUGUCACGCCACAGUUGGCCGACAGAGGGAGUGCUUACAUAAUAAAUGAUGCUGUUUGAACCGAGAGGACCCUCUGUGGACCAACUUCAUUCUCAAGAGCAGAACUGGGGAUGAGAAGUGUGUUUUAGAGUCAAAGUCAAAGCAGGGAAGUUUGAUGAAAGUCAACGUCGGUCCCAACAGACAAAAAUGUUUUAUUCAUGAGCUGUCAAUACCCUCAAUAGCGUGGACAUCCCUAAAAUAUCUAAACAUAUUCAGUCAGAAUCGCCUUUUAUUUAACAGACUAACUUAACAACCAAAGAGAAAAGUCAUGUACGUCAACAUCUGACCUCAUAGAACUAAAUUAGGAAGGUGACCAACGCACCUAAAAUUGUAAUCAAGUGACAUUUUAAUGAGUAUCUCUAAGCUGUAUUUUCUGAUAAAAAUAUGUGUUUAAAUAUA